UGUUGGAGUAUUAUUGAUCUGAUCAGUCCGACAUGUUGGAGUAUUAUUGAUCUGAUCAGUCCGACAUGUCGGAGUAUUAUUGAUCUGAUCAGUCCGACAUGUUGGAGUAUUAUUGAUCUGAUCAGUCUGACAUGUUGGAGUAUUAUUGAUCUGAUCAGUCUGACAUGUUGGAGUAUUAUUGAUCUGAUCAGUCUGACAUGUUGGAGUAUUAUUGAUCUGAUCAGUCCGACAUGUUGGAGUAUUAUCGAUCUGAUCAGUCUGACAUGUUGGAGUAUUAUUGAUCUGAUCAGUCUGACAUGUUGGAGUAUUAUUGAUCUGAUCAGUCCGACAUGUUGGAGUAUUAUUGAUCUGAUCAGUCUGACAUGUUGGAGUAUUAUUGACCUGAUCAGUCCGACAUGUUGGAGUAUUAUUGAUCAAACCAAAAAUAACUUCUGUAAAGAUCUCAAAUGUUUAUAUCAUGUUAAAUCUUCAUUCUAUUGUGAAGUGCUUAAUCUGAUUCUGACAUCAGAAUGGUUCUGUGACUCUGACCAUGUCUCUGACUCUGACUCUGACUGGUUCUCCCCCUCUGGGCUGCCUGGUUUUGGCAUCACUGUCACUGGACACCUUAAGGUGGAACCUUUAUGUGAGCUCACGCCUUAUGAGCUGAGGUGUUCUUUACGUGAGAAAACCUUGAGGGGAGAAUUACUCAGGUCCUCAUUAAUGUGUGGUAAGAGUCUGUCCUUGCCCUGCUGCUCAACUUCAUUCCAUUCAAACAGGUAACAAACACCAGCCUCUUUGUCAACAGGUCCUCAGGCUGAGUGUUCUUAUUCACGUCUACAUUUGAAAUGUGUGCUUCAGUCGCACUUCACUCAGGACUGGAACAGGAAACAGCUGACUCUGUUUUAAAAAGGAAGGAUUACAUAAUUUCCUUCCUUUAGUUCUGAGAUGAUGAGACGUGGUAGAGAGGGUGUUAGAUCUGUAAAACAGAGCCCUGGUGUAAGAAGAUCAGAAGGUUAUUCUGGAUUUAGAAAAAUAACCCAUCAGGAGUUUGUAAUCCAAGUUAAUCUCUGAGCAGCAGAAAAGAGCCCAAGGUUAUCAUGAAUCUGAUCUUUAACAUGAACACAUUCCUUAUGAAGCGACUCAGACAUUCCUGUUUGUACUCUCUGAAUCUUAUCCCUCCAUCACUGAUGACUAAUUGUCAAAGGUGCUCUCUUCCAGGAUGAGGCCUCUGAGUGUCUGGAAUGAAAAUGAAACUAAAUGAAACUUCUCUUUGUUUUAAGGUAUUCAAACUGAUCAGAGAGUUUCUCACAGCAGCUGUAAAAACCCCAUCCUCUGAAAUCUGCCCAUCUUCAGCUCCACCUGUUCAGGCUCUGCCAUGAACCAGUGUGAAGACACAGAGAGGGGAGCCCCUCCCUCCAAAGCCCCUCAUUGUUCACCUGGAUCUGGAUCUGGACCUGGACCUGGACCUGAACCUGAACCUGAACCUGGACCUGUACCUGGACCUGGACCCAGCUGUGUGUCCUUAAAGAGUGACUGUUCAAUGGAUCGCUUGGUUGACUUUAAAGGCAAAGGUGGCUGUGAGGCAAAGAGGUUUAAAAGGGAACCAUCCUCUGGUGAUCCUGAGUCUGAACCUGGACCCAGCUGUGUGUCCUACAAGAGUGACUGUUCAAAGGAUUUCUUCAUUUAUUUUAAAGAUCAUGCUGAACCAGAAGCCGACCUGCAGAGCUCAGAGGUUCCUAUUGGUCCGUCUGCCCAGCAGCCGCAAACUCACCUGGACUCCAUAUUGAAGGUGUUGGAGAAGAAUAUCGUCAUCUUUGUAAAGCAGGAGCUGAAGAAGAUCCGCAAAGGUCUGAGUUCAGAUUCUACAACGUGUUCAGAGAGUCAGGAGGAGGGUGAGGAGGCGAUGGACAGUGAUGAUGAUGAAGAGCAGAGGAGGAGCAGAGAGGCCUUUCUGGAGAUCACUCUGCACUUCCUGAGGAGGAUGAAGCAGGAGGAGCUGGCUGACUAUCUGCAGAGCAGACCUCCUGGGUUGGUUUGUCAGCACAAACUGAAGUCUCACUUGAAGGAGAAGUUCCAGUGUGUGUUUGAGGGGACCGCUAAAACAGAAACCCCAACCCUCCUGAACCAGAUCUACACAGAGCUCUACAUCACAGAGGGAGGGACUGGAGAGGUCAAUGAUGAACAUGAGGUCAGACAGAUUGAAGCAGCAUCCAGGAAAGCAGUAACAAAAAUCAGAUGUGAAGACGUCUUUAAACCCUUACCUGAGAGAGCUGGACCAAUCAGAGCAGUGCUGACAAAGGGAGUGGCUGGCAUCGGGAAAACAGUCUUAACACAGAAGUUCACUCUGGACUGGGCUGAAGACAAAGACCACCAGGACAUCCAGUUCACAUUACCCUUCACUUUCAGAGAGCUGAAUGUGCUGAGAGAGAGAAAGUUCAGCUUGGUGGAACUUGUUCAUUACUUCUUUACUCAGACCAGAGAAGCAGGACUCUGCAGGUUUGAAGAGUUCCAGGUUCUCUUCAUCUUUGAUGGUCUGGAUGAGUGUCGACUUCCUCUGGACUUCCACAACAAUCAGAUCCUGACUGAUGCUACAGAGUCCACCUCAGUUGAUGUGCUGCUGACAAACCUCAUCAGGGGGAACCUGCUCCCCUCUGCUCGCCUCUGGAUCACCACACGACCUGCAGCAGCCAAUCAGAUCCCUCCUGAGUGUGUUGACAUGGUGACAGAGGUCAGAGGGUUCACUGACCCUCAGAAGGAGGAGUACUUCAGGAAGAGGUUCAGAGACCAGGAGCAGGCCAACAGAGUCAUCUCCCACAUCAAGACAUCCCGAAGCCUCCACAUCAUGUGCCACAUCCCGGUCUUCUGCUGGAUCACUGCUACAGUUCUGGAGGAUGUGCUGAAGACCAUUAAGAGAGGAAUGCUGCCCAGGUCCCUGACUCAGGUGUACAUCCACUUCCUGGUUGUCCAGUCCAAACUAAAGAGCAAGUACGAUGGGGGAGCAGAGACUGAUCCACUCUGGAGUCCAGAGAGCAGGAAGAUGAUCCAGUCUCUGGGAAAACUGGCUUUUGAUCAGCUGCAGAAAGGAAACCUGAUCUUCUAUGAGUCCGACCUGACAGAGUGUGGCAUCAAUAUCAAGGAAGCCUCUUGGUACUCAGGAGUGUUCACACAGAUCUUCAGAGAGGAGAGAGGACUGUACCAGGACCAGGUGUUCUGCUUCAUCCACCUGAGCGUUCAGGAGUUUCUGGCUGCUCUUCAUGUCCAUCUGACCUUCACCAACUCUGGACUCAACCUGAUGGAAGAAGAACCAACAAUCUACCAUGGAUCUGCACUUACACAGUUCUACCAGAGUGCUGUGGACCAGGCCUUACAGAGUCCAAACGGACACCUGGACUUGUUCCUGCGCUUCCUCCUGGGUCUUUCACUGCAGACCAAUCAGACCCUCCUGAGAGGUCUGCUGGCAGUGACGGGGGGAAUCUCACAGAGCAUCCAGGAUGUAGUCCAGCAUAUUAAGGACAAGAUUGAAGAGAACCCCAGUCCAGAGAGAAGCAUCAACCUGUUCCACUGUCUGAAUGAGCUGAAUGAUCGUUCUCUAAUAGAGAAGAUCCAGCAGUACCUUGGUUCAGGAAGACUUCCCAGAGAGAAACUGUCUCCUGCUCAGUGGUCAGCUCUGGUCUUCAUCUUACUGUCCUCUGAGAAAGAUCUGGACGUGUUUGACCUGAAGAAAUACUCUGCUUCAGAGGAGGCUCUCUUGUUUCUUGUGCCGGUGAUCAAGGCCUCAAAGAAAGCUGUACUGAGAGGCUGUAACCUGUCAGGGAGAAGCUGUGAGGCUCUGUCCUCAGUCCUCAGCUCUCAGUCCUCCAGUCUGAGAGAGCUGGACCUGAGCAACAACACCCUGCAGGACUCAGGAGUGAAGAAUCUGUCUGCAGGACUGGAGAGUCCAAACUGUAAGCUGCAAACUCUGAGACUGAGCGGCUGUAACCUGUCAGGGAGAAGCUGUGAGGCUCUGUCCUCAGUCCUCAGCUCUCAGUCCUCCAGUCUGAGAGAGCUGGACCUGAGCAACAACACCCUGCAGGACUCAGGAGUGAAGAAUCUGUCUGCUGGACUCAAAAGUCUGCCUUGUUCUCUGGAAACUCUGAGGCUGUCAGGAUGUCUGAUCACAGAGGAAGGCUGUGCUUCUCUGGCCUCAGCUCUGAGCUCCAACCCCUCCUGCCUCAGAGAGCUGGACCUGAGCUACAACCAUCCAGGAGACUCGGGGAUCAUGCUGGUUUCUGCAGGACUGGAGGAUCCACGAUGCAGUCUAGACACGCUUAGGGUGGAGCCUGCUGGAGUCCAGUGGUUGAAACCAGGUCUGAGGAAGUACUACUGUGAACUCGUGCUGGACACUGACACUGUGAACAGGAAGAUCAAACUGUCUGACAGCAACAGGACCCUGACCUUUGUGGAGGAGAGCCAGUCGUAUCCUGACCAUCCGGACAGGUUUGACGAGUGGCCUCAGCUGCUGUGCAGAGAUGCUCUGAGCGGCCGCUGUUACUGGGAGGUGGAGUGGAGAGGUCACGUGGAUGUAUCAGUGAGCUACAGAGGAAUCAGGAGAAGAGGAGGCAGCGUGGAAUGUGUGUUCGGAAGGAACGAUCAGUCCUGGAGACUGAGUAUCUCUGAUGGUACUUACACAGUCUAUCACAAUGACACAGUGACCUCCCUCUCCUCCUCCUCCUCCUCCUCCUCCUCCUCCUCCUCCUCCUCCUCCUCCUCCUCCUCUUCCUCCUCCUCCUCCUCCUCUCACAGAGUAGCAGUGUAUGUGGACUAUCCUGCUGGCACUCUGUCCUUCUACAGAGUCUCUUCUGACUCUCUGAUCCACCUCCACACCUUCAGCACCACCUUCACUGAACCUCUGUAUCCUGGGUUUGGGUUUGGCUUCUGGUUCAGGUCUAGUUCCUCAGUGUCACUCUGCUCUCUGUAGGAGAAACAUGCUCCCUGCCCAUCAGCUGUCUGUAUCAAAGUUGCUUUAUGUGUUAUAAAAUAAAUAUUUACCUGGCA